AUGAAUAGAAGAUAUCCAAGAAGACUACAUCCGUUAAAUAAAAACUUGGCUGGUGAAGAUGCUUUCAAUGAAUUAAAUCUUUAUUAUCGUGUUUGUUGCAAAUUUGUUCAGAAAAAGAAUGCAGCAGAAGGUAUUUGUGGAUGUAAUCGACCGCGCGAACCUUAUCACACAGAGAGACGGUUCGAAUCGAAAGAUACAGAAUGGGAGAUGAAUCUUCAUACUGAAAUAAAGUCGAAUCCAUCCCAUGGUUAUCUUCCAAAUGGUGCUGUAUAUACACAACUUGCUUUGGAUACACCUGAAGGAAAAGUAGAAAAGCUUCUUUUUGAAAUUUGGAAAAUUCCCAAACCUCGAUUAAUUAUGUCUAUUACUGGAGGUCAAAAAUAUUUUAAAUUAAAUGAUCGACUUGAAACAAAUUUUAUGAAUGGUAUUAUUCAUGUUGCUCUUAAAUCAGAUGCAUGGUUAAUAACAAAUGGAUAUAAUAUUGGUAUUGUUCAACUUGUUGGACAGGCAAUCAAUAAAAUUAAAUCAACACAUCCAAAAAAACAGAUUACAGCUAUUGGAAUUUGCAAAUGGGGAAGUGUAAAGGACGCUAAAGAAUUAAUAAAAUCUCAAAGUAGAAAAAAAAAGAACGAAAAAUCUAAUACUAAUGAUAAUGAUGAAAAAGUAAACGAACGUGAACAUGGUGAACGUGAUCUUGAAAUGAAUCAUAGUCAUUAUCUUAUGUUGGAUGAUGGAACACUUCGAAAUUAUGACAUAAAAGAUUACCGAACACGAUUAUGUGUUCAUAUUGCAAAAUUACAUCAUGAAUUUCAUAUUCCUACUCCUGUUGUUACUAUUGUGGUAGAAGGUGGUAGAGAAGCUAUAAAAAAUAUAUACGACGAUUUGAAGGCUACUAUUCCUGUUGUUAUUAUUAAUGGUAGUGGUCGUGUUGCUGAUUUCUUCCAAAAAUGGUUAUUAUAUACGAAAGAAUUUGAUGAUACUAGUAAGUAUCCUGAUAUUGCGUAUGAAAUUGAUGUAACACCAGUUGAAAAUUUUCAACCUUCAACUCAAUAUGAUGCGCGUAGUUUAAAAUUAAGUAAUCAUACACAUUUUGAAGUUCACCUUGAUGGAUCUAAAAACACAUUUAAAGCAAUAUUUAGUAAAUAUCUCGACCAACUUAAAUCAGACCUUGAUCUAAUAUUAACACAUGAUGAUGAUUCGAAAGAGAAAAAUAGAAACCCUUCAUUAUCAACUAAUGUAAAUAAUAAACGAGAAGCUAAGUUAGCUGCUGCACUCAGUCAAGUUAUCUAUUGUCUUCAACCAAGUGUUCGUUCUGGUAUAAAUGUAUUUAAUUUAAAUUCAGAUGAUGAUCUAUCAGACAUAAUUUGUCGAAGUAUUUGUAAAUCACGUCAAAAAUAUUUUAUACGUAAAGAAAAUGAUACAAGAGAUAGCAAUCAACAAAAAUCUAAAACAUCAAAUAAUCAACAAGAUCAAAAACGUCAAUCAAGUGUACUUCAAAAAUUUAAUAAAAAUGAUCGAAAUGCACAAAGAUCACAGUUAUUACAAUUAGCAAUGGAUUGGAACUGUAUUGAUGCUGCAAAAGAAUUAAUCUUAGAAAAUUCAUUAAAUAAUAUUCUGAAAAAAGAAGAAGCUUUUCUAAAUGCUUUGAAAAAUAAUUUACCGACAUUUGUUUAUGAAUUUCUUAAAUUGGGUAUAGAUCCAAAUGAAAUAUUCUUUUCAGACGAUGACUUCUUUUAUGGAACGGAUCGAUAUAGAAAAUUUAUUAAAGAUUUAUAUGACAAAGAAGCAGUGAAUAAAAAUACAACACAUUUAAGUUGGUUUAUCGAAUCAGAUUCUAAUUCUAGCGAAAAACUUAUUACUACUACUGAUCAUCUUAAUACUAUUCUUACUACAAUUAUUGGUGAUUAUAUGAAUAAAUUAUAUUUUGAUAGUGAUAAACAAGAGAAAAGAUAUCGAUCAUUAUGGGAUUUAAGUGAGAAAAAUAAUGAAGCAAAUCAUUACUAUGAUAAUGAUGUCAGAUCUGAAGAUAAUCUUAUCGAUAGAGAAAAUCAAGAAAUAAUUCAAGAUUAUAUAAUGCGAGAUUUAUUUUUAUGGUCAAUACUUAUGAAUCAUAUUGAUAUGGCAAAAGUUCUUUUAUGUUAUGUUAAAUAUCGUAUAUGUGCUGCAUUGAUUGCAACAAAAAUUUUAAAAGAAUAUCAUAAUAAAGCAACACAUGGUGAAUUAAAAGCUAAUUAUAUGAAAAAUGCGAAUUAUUUUCAACAAUAUGCUAUUAAUUGUAUAAGUCAAUGUGAAAAAAAUGAUUCAGAUCAAGGAUGUCAAAUUGUUUUACAACGAAUAGAACUUUAUGGAAAUGUUACUUGUAUUCAAAUUGCUGCUAAUGCAGAAGAUAAAUUAUUUAUUGCAACACCAUGCUGUGUUCAAGCUCUGAAUAAUAUUUGGUAUGAUAAAAUUCAGUCACAAGAAUCAAGAAUACGAAAUUAUAUUUUAUUGGCUAUUGGCUUUUUCUCAUUUGGUCUUCUUGCUCCGUUUUUGGUUACUUAUCAAAAAUGUAUACCGGGAUCAAAAAAUGAACCUCUUAAUCGAAGUUUACAAAGUUGUGGUAUAGAUUAUUCUGAUCCAUAUUCACUUGAAUAUCCUCAUUUUAUCAAACAACGACUAGUUAAUCAAUAUAUGAAUAAAGUGAAAAAUUUUCAUCGAGCAUUACUAAUGAAAUAUUGUUAUCAUUGGAUGUUUUAUUGUUUUUUUCUAUUACUUUUUUCCUAUGUGCUCUUAUUUAAUUUUCAACGACCAACACAUGAGAAUCCAUCAAUUCAUUGGACUGAAAUUUUAACAAUUAUUUUUAUUACAUGCAUGUUAAUCGAAGAAAUUCAUUAUUUUAUCUAUCUAGAUAAUUUAAGUUUUCUAGGAAAAUGUAGAAGUUAUGUUAGUAAUCUAUUUAAAAUAAUGAACCUACUUGGAUUUAUUCUAUUCUAUAUUGGAUUAAUUCUAAGAUUUGCAUAUGCAGCUACGGAUGAUGAAUUCAUUGCAGCUAGGGGACAAAUUAAAUGUUCAGUAAAAUUUGUUCAGUAUUGUAUUCAAAUGUUUAGUAAAGAAAUCAAACGAUCAGUACAAAAUUCAAUGUUCAGUAACUAUUUCGUUUAUUCAGUUAAUUUAUUACUUGCACAGGUGGUGAUGGCUUUUGAUCUUGAAAUUUGGUACCUUCGUUCGCUAUCAUUUAUUAUUGUUAUACAAUUUCUUGGACCACCUCUUGUAGCUGCUGGAAGAAUGCUUAAAGAUCUUUUAUUCUUUAUGUGCAUUAUUUUUAUUGUUAUGACUGGUUAUGGUGUUGCUUCUCGUUCAGUGGUUUACUAUCCAAAUCCUAAUGCAUUCAAUGAUACGAAUGUCAACAUUGCAUUUGAUGGUCGAAAUAUUUUUCGUCAAAUUGCCUAUCCUGUUUAUUAUUUAAUGUAUGGACAAUUUGGCAAUGAAUUAUCUGAUCUUGAUACAUAUCCUGAUGCCGGUUGGUCAAUUGCAACACAUAUAUUACUUGCUGCUCAUAUGCUUUUUGUGAAUAUUUUACUUAUUAAUUUGCUUAUUGCAAUGUUUAGUAAACGAUUUGAUCAAGUAUAUGAAGAUACAAAAAAUAUUUGGCAUUCUCAACAAUAUGUAUUUACACGUGAAUAUUUUAUACGUUCACCAUUUUUUCCACCAAUAAGUCUUAUUUAUGAUAUUUUUCAUCUAUGUCGUAUGAUGGUCUUUGCUAUAGCACGAGUUUGUUCGAAAAAUUUAAUAGAUCAUCGAGCGAAAGUAUUUAAAAUAAUUCCUAUAAAUAAAGAUUUUAUUAAAGAUUGGUAUGAAUUUGAAGGUGCAUCAACAUAUGAAUAUGCUCAUGCCGAAGCAAAAACAUCAAAAUCUACAUUAUUAACAUCAAUUCAAGGUUUAUACCUUGAUAAUAUUGGAAAAGUACAAGAAACACAUGAUAAUAAAAAUGUUUCAAUUGAAUCAAUUACUAAUCUAAAAAGAAUACAAGAUGAAUUAACAAAAUUAAGUCAAUCGUCUGAAGAAAGUACACGACAAAUGCAAGAUAAUCUUGCCAGAUUGAAUCAAUCAUUGGAAGAAAUUAAAUUCCAUUUGUCAUCACAACGGAAAUAA